AUGCAACCGAGCAUGGCCAACCUAACCAUGCACCUCAAAGCUCAGUUUUAUCGCAUUCUUGUUCUGCCCCCCAUACUUGCACUCAUAGAGAAGGAAGCUACAGGACGUACAACGGACUCGGGAUCCUCAGCAACAACGGAUGCAGCAGCCGCAGCACCGGCCGCACCAGCAGCAGAAGGACCAGAAGCAACACCAAGAGGCACAUCCGGCGAAUCGAGCACAUCCAGCCCCGCGGGGCCAGGCAGUCCGACGACUUCACAAGGUACUCCUGGUGAACCAAAUGGACAAGGUGCAGCCGGCAAAGACGGUAAACACGAGGGUGGCGGUGGCGGCAACGAUGACCCCCCUCCUCUCAAUCCACCCAAACCAAAACCGAAUCCGAACCCCGAUCAAUCGGGUAGUAGUGGCAGUUUCAGUGACGCUGAUGUGGCGGAUGGAGUUUCUGGGGGGGAAGGAACGGGAGGUGGGGCUGGAGCAGGUUCCUCUGGACCUGGGUCUACUGGUCACCAAAACCCAGGUUCCUCUGAUCCCGAUUCUACGGAUCAUGGUACUGAUAAUACAAGAGGUGACGGAGGUAGCUGGGGACUGAACCUGGAACUACCAAAACCAAACGGUAACUUCGGAGGAUCCUAUGGAACAGGUCCCACACCCGAUCCACAUGAUACAAGCUCCAGUACACCUAAGGAAGGCGGCCCUCUUGCCCCCGACCUAACCGACACCGUCCUUACGGCCACUACUCCCGUACUCUUCUUCCUGUCCGCCGUCAUCGUCGCCCUCCUUGGUUAUUCCGUUUGGCAGUACUUUGCGUACCUCGGACAAAAACGACGACGAACAUAUCGAACCGUUCGUGACGUGCCGUCACCGCCACUCGACGAAGACAUUCUAGACCAUCUACAACGCGGCGAGCCGCCACCCGAUUACGGGUACACGAUGGUUACGCCACGACGCCGCGAUAAAUUUGCCGCCCGCCGACGACGCCCACCACGCGUGAAUCGCCGCACGAUUAUCGAGCUACACUUAGAAGUGCUCCACGAAUGUGAAGCACCCGAAUGGGAAAACGUCAAACACGACUAUUUGCACAUACUCGUUGAACAGUUUAUGCGGGGCCACAACGGACAUAGUAGUUUCCCGAAUGCUCCUAGCACAAACCAGGCUUUAUCACGGAACAAUGUUGCAUCCACCCUGGAUCCACCCACUGACAUCGACGGCAUAGAUCCAUGUCCACCACAUGACCCCGAUCCAUGGCGUUGUAUGGACAACAUACAGUUAGCAGCGGACCCUUCUGCUUCUAACGAAGAUGACCGAUGGAAGUGUAUGCAAUCCAUACAGUUAGAUGCAGAACAGAGUCGUGCUCAUUCCAACCCCGGGGAUGCGACGUUGGACUGCAUCCAUUGGAUUAACUGGAUUGACCGCAACAAGCACCUAUUGCAGGAGUGCACGACGCAGCCGUGGUUUUUGCAAUUAAAAGCGGAUUGGAAACAAUACUAUCAACAACAUGCGACACACGACGUAUCUGGCCACAGUGAACACUGUGAGCACGGUCAUAUCCCGUCCGCAGACAUGACGAAACUGCGGUUGUGGAAAGAAUGGGUCGCACAGCAACAUCGGCAACUCCGUACAUACAGUGAACAGGAGUGGUUUAAGCAUUUGUUGAAUAAUGUACAGGAGGAGACACUACCGCAACAAGGCGACGUACCACGAGUAGAAACAGACUUAGAAGUGGAACAUGUAAUGACAGCAGAAGACUUGCUACGAGUGAGAGAUACACCGCGCUCGCAACUGCAUCCGCUACUGUACCUCCACAAGCCGCUAUGCGCUAAAACAUGGAUACUCAUCCUGGCAUUAGUCAUAGAACAGUGCGAGCUCGAACGCAGUUUGCAGGCUAGGGAGUUAUAUGUGGAUGACCUAUUGGAAAAGCUAUGA